AUGCCUGUUGAGCUGCGCAAGCGCAAGGCCCCCGUGGCGCCGCCCGCGCCCGCGCCGACCAAGAAGAAGGCGGCUACCAAUAGGGGACGAAAGCCCGCCGCUUCCAAGGCAAAGGAGGACGCCAAGAAGCCGGAGCCCGAGGCGGACAAGAAGAAGCCAGCCAAGGACGAGGAGGCGACCGAUUCUGCGCCGGAGGACGCAGCAGCCGCCCCUGAGGGAGAACAAAAGGACGCCAAGGACGAGGAGAAGAAGCCGGCUGCUGCUGCGGGCAAGGUGGCUGUUGGCGAUGUCAUUGACCUUGAGGGAUUCGGCGGCGAGAUUCAGACGAAUGAUGGCGAAAAGACUACGCUAAAGAAGCUUGUUGAUGAUAGCAAGAGCGGUGUUGUUUUGUUCACGUACCCCAAGGCGUCGACUCCGGGAUGCACCACCCAAGUGUGCCUGUUCCGCGACGCUUAUGAGCCUCUGACUGCCGACGGCCUCGCCAUCUACGGCCUGAGCGCCGACUCACCCAAGGCCAACACCACCUUCAAGGAGAAGCAGAAGCUGCCUUACCCCCUCCUGUGCGACACCGGGGCGACUCUCAUCGCGGCCAUUGGCUUGAAGAAGCAACCUAAGGGAACCCAGCGCGGCGUGUUUGUCAUCAGCAAGGAGGGCAAGGUGCUUGUUGCCGAGCCUGGCGGUCCUGCUGCUACUGCGGAUAGAAUGUGGCAGUUUGCUGCUGUAGAGUACUUUGUAUGGAGAAGAUCAUGUUUCGUUGCUGUAUGGGUACUGGUAGACGCUGUCGGCAAAGCUUCGGCUAGACCCACCGCUAGCAUUGUCGCUGCUAACUCGAGAUCAACCAACUCGGAGCCAAUUCGCUCGACAUACAGCACUGCGACCAUCCCAUCGCUUCCGCAAGAUGGCUUCUCAAGCGGCAGCAAAGGCUGCUGGUGGCCUUGUUUCCAUCUCAAAGGUGCGAACAUUCCUGCUCGUUGUCGACGCUCUGCUGCCCCAAUUGGCGCAAAUCACGCUCCAUUCUGGCUCGCGGCUCGAGCUAUCAAGAUGAAUGAUGGAAGACGAUGGCUGAUUCCAAACCCGCAGAAACACACUCUUCAGUCCACCGGCAUUUGGGAGACGCUCCGAAAGGCCUUCGCCAUCGACCCCAACCGCUCCAACGGUGUCCCCCUCAAUCCUUACUUCCGAAACCCGACCCCCGGCGCCCUGGAACCCCAGACCUACGAUGAUCCCGUCACGAUUCCCGCCGGCGACAUCGCCGACAACCCCUACUGGAAGCGAGACGUCCGCCGCUCGUACCCGCAGCUCAGCGUCGUCAACCAGGGCCACGCCGUGUCGCUUCUGACGGUCGGCAGCGCCGCGAAGCCAAAGGUCGAGCUGAUUGGCGAGGCCGGCGAGCAGGCCCUCGUGGCUGCGCAGAAAGAGGGAGAGACUGGACUGGCUACGUUUUUCGAAAAGGCCUCCAAGGAUGUGGCAAAGGAUGUGUUUGUCGACGGCCUGCCACCUCUGCCCAGCGGACAGACGUUGGUGUCGGGAGCGUGGGAUGUGCACAAGUACGAGCUCAUUGAAGACCAGGAGCAGACAUAUGGUGAAGGGUAA